AUGGGAAGUAGCACUUCAACUAAUAUAAAUGAAUACUAAAAAAUAGAUGCUGAUCUUAAAUUGACUACUCUUCCUGACUUAGAUAAAGUAUAUCUAAUCUUAUAUCGUAGCUUUUAAUUGUUGCUUAAGAUCUUCUUAAAGUUACUGAGCAACUCAGAUCUAGGAUUGUAUCAUAUCAUGACCUUAUGUUUAGAAUAGUCAAAUUGCAAUCAUAUAAAGAUGUCACUUUGAUUGAUGCUUUUUAAAUAUGGUUUUUAUGCACUCUUGUGUGUAAUGAUACAAAAUAAGAUAGUGUUAAAUUCGAAUGUAAAAUUGAGAAUUUUGAUUAAGAAGUAGCAUCAGAAAGUCUUAAAAAACUAAUGAAUUUUGUACUUAUCUUUAUUUAUAUUUAGGGUAGUGUAGUGGCAUUUGCAAUUGAAGACAAGUUUGUUUAAGAUGAGAAUGAAUAACUUAUAAUAAGUGAUACAGGAAUAUGUGGAGAUUUUAAAUUAUAAUUAUGGCCUUUUAUUUGUUCAUCCUUCUUGAGUUAUUUGAGAUCUGCUUGUAGAUUGGCACCAUUUUUAGAAGAGAAAAUCAAUAGUUAAAUUAAUUUAAUAAGAAAAUAUAUUGAUGUACAUAAAUCAGAGAAGCCAACAAAAUUAGUAAAUUAAUAAACCUUAACUCAUAUUUGUGAAUAAUUGAAAUAUUUUGGUUAAUUUGUAGACAAAUAUCAUUAAGAAGUCAAAACAUUUACUAAAUAAUAUAAGGAACAUAUGAAAGAAUUACAUCCUUUGAGUUAGGAAGUUUUAAGAGAAGAAGGCAAUUAAAAUUAUAUUCUAAAUGAUGAGUAAUAUAAUUAUUAAUUAUUUUUUUAGGAGAACUAUCUUGAAAACAAAAAUAUAAGAUGUAGUAAGAAAAUAUUUUCCAAAAUAUGAACAAAAAGAACAUGUGUAAAUAUAAUAAGAGAUUAGAUUAAAAGAAUAAAGAAGAAAGGUAAAACCAAAAACAAAAUUGGAAAGAAGAAGAACUGAAUAAGCUGCUUUAACAUUUCCAACAACUUAUCAUUGGGUUGGUCAUGAAUAUUUUGAUACUUUUUUUUCAGCAUAAUCAUUAACUUUAUCUGAAUUAGAAGAUUGCCGAGCUUAAGGAGAAGAAGCUAGAAAAAAAUUAUUUAAAAUAACUGGGGUAAAUUAAUGGAAAGAUAAUACUAUUAAAAGUGUAUUUGAAUGUCUUACUUGGAUUAUAUCUGCAGAACUUAAUAAAAGUCUUAAAGAUAAAGAACUUAAAUUACUUGAAGAUGAACCUUGGCUACAUUUUAUUAAACUUAAAAAACAUAAAUAUACUGAUCUUUCAGAUUAAAUUGUACAACAUUUAAAAAUAUGGUUAAAAUAUUUUAGUCCAAUCAGAUAUCAAAGAAUCUGCAAUUAUUAGUAUGUUAUUUAAUUUAAUUUAUUAAGUUAAGAUUUCUUAAAAAGACAAAGAGAACUUGAAAGUAACAAAUUUAAUUUUCAUCAUUUAAUUAGAGAUCUUCCUCCAUAAAAUUAAUAUAAUGCACUUUCUAGUUUUACUAAAAAUAUUAGAGUAAAUGAGACUUAUAUAAGUAAAAUUGAAAAACUCUUUGAAAUGACAAUUGAAAACAAUGGCAAAAUGGGAUAAGAAUUGUAUGAAAAUUGGUAAGAAAUUGUUGAUCAAGCUGAUUCUAUUAAUUAUUAAUUAGGAACUCCAUUAAAUGAAUUCAUAAAAGAAUUUAGACCUAAUACUUUAGCUUAAUUAGAUUAAUUAUAAAAUAGAAAAGCAGAAAGAAAAUAAACUAAAUUAUCUAUAGCAUGUAUUGAAAUAUGA